AUGGAAAGAAGAAGAAAAAAGAAAAGAAGGAGAAGAAGGCCGAAGUCGUCAAAGACGAGAAGAUGGGCCAAGUCAAGGACGAGGACCUUGACUGGAUUUGGAUCGGCGGCGCAGAGGAUGCGCGGGACCGUGAGGCUCUUGAACGUGCCAACAUAA